AUGGCCAGAGCUACGCCAUUUUCCGGCCCAAAUGAGCCGCUACACAUAUUUCAAGACGACGUAUUCGAUCGAAGCGCUCCCAUGACGAGCCACGCUCCGAUGCCUUCAGUCACAAAGCCUGCUCGACGCCCCUUGAGCAGUUCAAAUUCCAACGUCGUCCUCAACCCCCCGACGGCCAGCGGCAUGAACUUGUCGCCCCAUAAAGCGAGGUCAUCGUCACCUCGAUCACCCCUGAAAGCUACUUCAUCACACGGCAACAAGCUUCACAUGGUGUCAAUGGCGCCUCCCAUGGGCAAGGGACCUACGACAGAUUCACUUCAGAAGAAGCCGCAUUUAUCUAAAUUCAAAACGGGUCCUCAGCGACCACACUUCGACAUGAUGACCUUUGGAAAGGAGAACGUUCAUCCUCAGAUUUUUCCGGCUCCACCAACGAUAAACUUGUCGGUCGAAAGCUACUUUCAGAAACCAAAUGGCAAGCGAGGAUUGAUGGACGCUCCCCAAAUCAAAGACUCAAGACCAAUGAAGAAGGCCAAAACUGAGGAGCCGACUCUUCCUCCCCACGAUUCAUUUCCUCCCAUUGCAGAUGAUGGGGCGAAACCACAGCACAGCUACGCUCAGCUCAUUGGCAUGGCCAUCCUCCGAUCUCCCAUGCGUCGACUCACCCUCGCACAAAUUUACAAGUGGAUCAGUGACAAUUACUCCUUCUAUAACCCCAAUGAUGCUGGAUGGCAGAACAGCAUUCGACACAACCUGAGUCUUCACAAGAACUUCAUUAAAAUUGAGCGGCCCAAGGAUGACCCCGGCAAGGGCAACUACUGGGGCAUUGAGCCUGGUACCGAAUUUCAGUUCCUCAAAGAGAAGCCCACACGAAAGUCGGCACCAACGGCGGAAAAUCUUCCAGUAAUGUCAACACGUCUCGAACCGUCAAGACCAGCCACAGCUCCCCUUCUUCAAGAACCGACACUGCCUCCGCCAGCACCGAUGCAUCACUCGACGCUCCCACCUCUGCCUACUUCGCAAGCCACACAUCCUAUGCACGCAGAGCUUUCAUCCGAUGCCACGAUUCCAAUCUCAGAUAACAUUGGCCCAGAAGAUGUCGGCGACAAGAUUACGGAUAAUGACUUACCUCUUGAUUCAUCCCUAUACUCUCCGUUGCCUGCCAAUAUGCACUCGUCGCCUCCCGUCGCUAGGCACGUGGAGGCACGAAGUGGCACACCACCGCCCUUCGCCCGAAACCCAGUGUCCUCGAUUUCCCGAUCUCACAAGCGCAAGUUUGCGUCAAUGGACGACAGCGGAUACAUCUCUUCCUUGGAAUCCUCAGUGAUGCGACCAAACCAAAAGGCCUUGCUACUGACGUCGGAAGCCGAUCGACCUCGCCUUACACGCGGCCGUGCCGAGGAGGAAAUCGCCCGCAUUCGCAACUCCUCUCCACUGAGUCCGACCAAGUCUCGGUCUCUAUCACUCUAUGGUCCCGUUUCAUCCUCACCUCUGCGACAACCAAACGAGCACCAGACGCUACCGCCAUUAACCCCGGUCGUGAAAAUGAAGCCCCCUGUCCGACCACCGCCGUCCGUCUCGCCAAACACCAACUUGCGCAUACAUCGUGAUAAGGUUCGACAUAUGCUGCAAUCCCCGUUGCGCCGUGUGACCGGAAUUGGAGAGGACAGUGUUCCUUGGAGUCCCGCAUUCAACUUGGAUGAUGCUGUAUACUCCUUUGAUGACUUGGGGAUGCCCUCAACCGAAUUUGACAUCUUCCAGGACUUUACCUCUUUGGAAGACCCUCUGUUCCCUGGUAUCGGAUCAGUCGACGCUGGUUCCCCCGUCAAGCGCUCUGCCAAGCGGGCUCGAUUGGACAGAUCUGUGUCCACGUCGGCACUCGGUGAAGCCUCAAACUCCACGCUGAGGAAAUCAGUCACUUCCGUCCCAUUGCUCAAAGUUUCUGAGCACUCCCCAUCACGCUUUCUGGAGACACCUAGCAAGGCAUUUGAGGGCUUGGGCUCUCCAUCCAAGCUUUUCCAGCAGUCCCCAUCACGGCUAGCCUCGCCGAGCAAGUUCACUGCCAUGUUGGAGCUCUCGGUCGACAAUGACUGGCCAACACUGGGUCUUGAUCCUACAGAUUUUGGCUCUCACGGCAACAAUGGGGCCACAGACUUUACUGGUCUGGACAUCUUGCAAGGCUUCGAGAAGAUUGGAUCUGGGUCACAAUCUUCAAGACAUCAACAACAACAAAAGGGUGGCAAGCCAUCGCUUGGACGAAGCUACUCGACUGCCUUUUAA